UGUGUGCUGCUAUUGUAGUUGUAGGAAUACCACUACUACUACCAGUACUGUUGUAUCUGCCAUUUUCUGCUCCUUAAAUUCUUUAGCCAUGGUACACUGCAGACCGUGGUCGAUUCAAUUGAUCGCGGAGUAUACUACUCCAGCUCCGGUUAAAUAAACAGAUCGCACAAGCCACUUUUUUUUUCUUUUUGUUGUGCACAGCUCUUGUUCUCCAUUAAUCCAGCCGUGCGUGCAGUUGAGGUCCACCUGCUGCUGCUCUCUGUCUGCUCCCAUCGAACAAAUCAAGAACCACCCUCUCCACUCUCCAAUCCAAUCUCGAAUAGGAAGAAGGAUGCUUGGUUUUGCGCCGGCACCAGGCCGGCCGCUCUUCGUGCUCUUCGGUUCCUCCAUCGUCCAGUUCAGCUUCAGCAAUGGCGGAUGGGGCGCUGCCCUUGCAGACAUCUACGCUCGCAAGGCUGAUAUCCUUCUCAGAGGGUAUAUUGGUUGGAACUCAAGGCGCGCCCUUCAAGUCAUUGACAAAAUUUUUCCCAAGGAUUCGCCCGUGCAACCUUCUUUGGUAAUAGUUUACUUUGGUGGCAAUGAUUCGGUUGCUGCCCAUUCAUCCGGCCUUGGACCUCAUGUGCCACUAGAGGAGUACAUAGACAACAUGAGAAAGAUCGCAGACCACCUGAAGAGCUUGUCUGAGAAGACCCGUGUCAUCUUCCUCAGCUGCCCACCACUUAACGAGGAGACGCUCCGAAAAUCAACCAGCACUGUCCUGAGUGAGAUAGUGCGGACAAACGAAACUUGCCGCCUAUACUCCGAAGCCUGUGUAUCUCUAUGCAAAGAGAUGGACCUGAAGGUGGUUGAUCUUUGGAAUGCUAUGCAGAAACGGGACGACUGGGCGACGGCCUGCUUCACGGAUGGGCUUCAUCUGUCUGAAGAAGGGAGCAAGAUUGUUGUGGAAGAGAUCCUGAGGAUCCUCAAGGAGGCAGAGUGGGAUCCAUGCCUGCACUGGAAGGCGAUGCCGACAGAGUUUGGGGAGGACUCACCCUAUGAUCUCGUCUCCUCCAGCGGCCAAUCCACCGUCAACCCCUCCGACUGGACCUUCCACAGGACUAUCCAAUGGGACUGACCUUCCAUUCGUCUCAAUCUCAGUAUCUCAUGAUGGAGCAUAUACAUGCAUGCUCCAACGUGCAACAUUACAUGCAUGAUUCAUAAUUAAGAUCCCCUUCGGUCUUACUAUAUAUGUAGGGGUCUAAUGCUAGCUGAUGACGAGGGGUCAUGGAUUAGGCUUCAGCUCGAUCGAGCUGAAAAAAAAUCAGAUUUAGGAUGAUAUUAACUGCUUUGCUCCCUGCCUGCUAUAUAUCAUAAGUGAGACAAUGCACAUGAUUAUCUCGCUAUAUACUAUGUGACUCAUUUCGCUA